AACAAUCCAUUCGGAGACAGUGUUGUAAUUUCCAACAAGAGAUACUUUUGAAUAGUCUACGUGGAGAUAAUAACUAAACCUUUGCUGCUUUGUUGUUUGACAUGAGCGCCAGUUUGAUUUUGUACACAGCUAUUUCAGAGAUACUUUCCCUUGGCUAUUUGGCUGGAGUAAUAGACUACGACUAGUACAUGUAGUUUAGCUUGUGGAAUCAAUGACAUGGUCGAUUCGGUAGACACAAGGUCUGUUCUGUUGUUGUACGCAACAUCUGAUGAACAUGGUGGAAACAGUCGAGUCUGCAGUCGAAUAUCGUCAUUGUUGAAUAAGAAUGGUAUCCGCAGUACGUACAUGCAUGCCAGCGCAGUGCUGCAGGCAUACACUCAGGCUCAUUGCUCCUACAUUCCGGCCGAGCCCAGCACCCCGCCAUCCGUACCACUUAGUACCGUUACACAUGAUCUCUCAUUGUCAUGUGAAUAUCGCCCUGUUUCUUCGAUGACGUGUAGCAGCAGCAGCACCGCCGAGACCUCUAGUGCUGCGCCUAUCGAACAAGACUUGGAUACGCUGGUGAGAGAUGCCGAAUCGCCGGGCAAGAAAUGCCAUACCGGCAGCCUGCCAUCACCCUGUCCGGAUUCUGCUGUGUGUCUCGACAUGGAUCUCUCGUCCAGCUCCCAACGUUCCUAUCCAGUUGACACGCGUGGUAGUUCCGCAUUGCCACCGCAGCCUGGCCUGAACACGGCUGACCGAGGCCAUCUGUGUUCGGACGGCCCACAACACCGCUCGCCCCAUCCCGACUGUCGCUGCACGUCGGAUUGUUUCGAAAGCCGGCCCCUCACCUGGUAUUGCCGGUCUCAACACAUAACGCAUAUCAUUGCUUGCCAUGCGUAUCGAUGCCAUGCCUAUGUAACAGGAUGCCCUGUGCCGUACUCCGUCAUGUUCGGCGGAACGGACAUCAACCAUGAUGCGGACGACGCGGAGCGGCGUGGCCUGAUGACGCCAGUCAUUGAGCAAGCAAGGCAUGUGGUCUGUUUCUCUCGCAGUAUGUAUGACCGGGCUGUUGAGCUAUGGCCGGCAUGUUCAGACAAGAUGAUAAUACAAGCACAGAGUGUGGAAAGGUCUAUCUCAAGAGAAUGCUAUCCAUCCAUUUCUCGGUGGCUUCGUUCCAUAUCACCCGCUUCCUCCAUACCCUCUAACCCGGUUGUCUUCAUGCUUGUAGCUGGCAUACGGCCUGUCAAAGAUCCCCUCUACCUGGUCGAUGCGUUUCACGAAUGGCAUUGUGAGGAUCCAUCCGUAUUCUACGUCAUCAUUGGCUCUGUGCUUGAUGAAGAGUACCACAAGCAUCUCCAGCACAAACUCGCUAGUGUAUCCGGUGUGUUUUACCAUGAGCAGGUAGAGCAGCCAUUUCUGCAUCAUCUCAUGCAGCUGUGCUGCGCUGUGGUCAACUCAUCGCUGUCUGAAGGCAUGUGUCAAGCCAUCCUGGAGGCAAUCGUACAUGGUGCACCGGUGAUAGCCCGUGACAUCGCUGGUAACCGAGAACUGAUCAGCCACCGGCACACUGGUCUUCUCUACGCAACACCCGAGGAGUGUAUAGCUCUUGCCCGUGAGCUGAAGAACAACCGUGACCUACACGCCACCAUAGCGGGUAAUGCUUACCAGUUCAUUCAGCGUCGACAUGGUGUGGCCAGUGAGAUUGAAACCUACCGUCGGAUUGUCUCCGGCCCGGCUUGACCGAACCAAGGCACAGCUAACAACACCUGCUUCACGUCUUAUCUUGGGGGGUAUCACUAUGGUGGAUAUGCACUAACUCUUGCCUGGUGUUUUGCUUGCUCGGUAGGGGACUCCCCUGAGCUGGCAACAAUAAACCUGACGUGGCCGUGUUUGUGGCCAUGGCCACUGCGCCAGGGGCGGUGGUGUACCAAGACGCAAUGCACUGUGAAGCGAUAGUGUUAAAAAAGCCAGACGCAAAAACGAUGCAAAAUCACUUUGUCUCGUUUUUGCGUCAGGAGGGAGAUGUUUGACUAACAACUCCAUCAGACUGUUUCUAGGCAAGGGCGCCGAGCUGAACACAAACGAAAGGCUUUGCCUCUGUUGCCAGUAGUCGCUGCACUACACGCAUCAGGUAUCAGUGAUUUGUCCAGUGCAGUCGUACUAGCCUCGUACCGAAUAGCACUUGUCUGUGUUCUGGGUUUGUGUGCACAUUGCCAGUCACUUCUCGUCCUUCAAGUGCUCUGGACUAUUGAUUAUUUAUGUUUAUGAGUAUUCGGCGUGGAGACGAUAAUUUUUAAAUUUUAAUAAGAGAUACUCACGCUUAUUUAUUUUUUAUAAUUACUCAAGUAUUCUCGUAUCCGUUCCCAAGGGAACUGAAUAAUUUUUAAAUUUUAAUAAGAGACACUCACGCUUAUUUAUUUUUUAUGACAAUGAAUAAAGCGAGAGGUGCACCAACAGCAAGGACCCAACCUUGAUCAAAACCUUGAACUGCAAGACCGCCAUUGCACAUACUGUGGUCUUUUUUUCCUUUGAAACUCGUUUCAAUAAACGCUUUAAAACAUACCCGGUAUAUACGGGUACUUGAUUUUACCGGCCGCUUUUGAAGCAUUUUAGAAAAUGGAAAGGUUUGCUCAAUCAAUGUGAUGUUUCUGACUAAAUACGGGAUGUGUGGGUCAGCUUUUGUGCGUGAAAUCCGGGCCAAUGUCUUGUCAGAAUCGCGAGUGUGGCACGACACCGGGUGUACUCGUGUGUACUGCGUCGGAGUCUCCUCCGUGCUCCCUUGUUUUGAAC